CUCGUCAGCCAUCACCACCUGAAAAAAGCUUCAGAGGUUUCGAGCUGUUCGUAUCUUCGCCGGAGACGAAGAGAUGUCGCAAGACGAGUUCGGUUUCUAUAAAGAAGGAAGAGGCCAUGGCUUCCCUUUUGGUUUCGAUGGCUUUCUCUCAUUGCUUCUUAAACCAAAGGACUAUUAUCAGAUUCUCGAGGUUGGUUCUGAUGCCAGUGAUGAGACUAUUCGCUCCAAUUUCAUCCGCCUUGCUUUGAAGUGGCAUCCUGAUAAGAGGAAGGAUGAGGCUGGUGCGACUUCAAGGUUUCAACAGAUUAACGAAGCAUAUCAAGUUCUUAGUGAUCCUGUCAAAAGGCAAGAAUAUGAUGCACAGGGGAUCAGGAACAUCCAGGGCAGCAGUUUAAAUAAUUACCUCAAUCGAAACAAGGGAAUGAUAUUGAGCUGCCAUGGUCUUGGUACGGGAUUUUCAAUGUGGUAGAUUAGCAGCACACAUGUUUCCUGAAAUACAAUCGAUAUCGUAUCCCACUUUAUUCAGAUUAGCGUCUUCGAUGUAGAUAAGCUGUAGCUUUAAGGGUAUUGUUACCCGAAAAAUGCAGUCAUGUAGUUCAAACUAGUGAAGUCACAGUCUUCUUUGUUGUGGCUUUUGUGCUAUGCUAGACAUCUUUAGGGAAUGAAAAAAUUUUGGUUUUUCACUUGA